AUGGUGCACCACCACCGGGCGAGCCUCCUGCAGCACCACGACCAACAGAAGCUCGACGAGGGGAAGCAGCAGGCGGACGAGAUGAAGGAGCUCCGGGGCCGGCUGGUGGACUACGCGUGCCACCACCGCAAGCACGGCCACGACGCGCUGCUCCUCAUGCUCGCCGGCUUCGCCUUCGUCUCCUGCCUGCUGCUGCUCCUCCCCAACAGCCCCUUCUCCGCCGCCAUGGACGACCUCCUGCAGCUCGGCCGCACGCGCCGCUGCGACCAGGAGAUGGCGCCCACGCCGCCGGCGCCCUGCGCGGGGGUGCCCUACGGCGCCGUCUGCUGCGACCGCAGCUCCCCCCGCGCCGACCUCUGCGUCAUGCGCGGGGACGUCCGCACCCACGCCGCCUCCAACGAGCUCUUCCUGCUCGCCGCCGCCGCCCCGGCCGACGAGCGCAUCCGCCCCUACACCCGCAAGUGGGAGUCCAGCGUCAUGAGCACCAUCGACGAGCUGCGCCUACGGGCCCUGCCCGACACCGAGGGCGCUGCGCGCUGCGACGUCCGGCACGACGUCCCCGCCGUCGUCUUCUCCACCGGCGGCUACACCGGCAACGUGUACCACGAGUUCAACGACGGCAUCAUCCCGCUCUACAUCACCGCGCGCCGGUACAACAGGAAGGUGGUGUUCGUCAUGCUCGAGUACCACGACUGGUGGAUGACCAAGUACGGCCACAUCGUCGAGCAGCUCUCCGACUUCCCGCCCCUCGACUUCUCCAACGACACCCGCACGCACUGCUUCCCGGAGGCCGUCGUCGGCCUGCGCAUCCACGACGAGCUCGCCAUCGACGCGUCGCGGAUGCCGGGAAGCCAGGGCAUCCGGGACUUCCGGCACAUGCUCGACGACGCGCACCGCGGCCGCAUCAACGCCAUCAUCGAGGAGGAGAACGCCGCGCCACAAGCGGCGCCGGCGGCGUCAGCACUAGCGAAGAAACUCGUCACGGAGGUGGUCGCGGACGACGACAAGCCGCGGCUGGUGAUCGUGUCCCGGAACGGGUCGCGCGCGAUCGAGAACGAGCCCGACCUGGCGCGCGCGGCGGCGAGGGCCGGGUUCCGGGUGACCGUGCUCCGGCCGCGCCCGGACACGGAGCUCGCGCAGAUGUACCGCGUCCUCAACGGCUCCGACGUGAUGGUGGGCGUGCACGGCGCCGCCAUGACGCACUUCCUCUUCAUGCGCCCGGGGUCCGUCUUCAUCCAGGUGGUGCCGCUCGGCACCGACUGGGCCGCCGAGAACUACUACGGCGAGCCGGCGCGGCGCCUCGGCCUGCGCUACGUCCCCUACAAGAUCCUGCCGUCGGAGAGCUCGCUGUUCCGGCGCUACGCCAGGGACGACCCCGUGCUCACCGACCCCGUCGCCGUCAACGCAAAGGGAUGGCAGGUCACCAAGAAGGUGUACCUCGACGGGCAGAACGUGCGGCUGGACAUGGCGCGGUUCCGGCGGCGGCUGCGCGAGGCCUACGACCACUGGGCGGCGCAGCGGCGGCGCCAGCAGAGCCAACCGUUGUAG